CGUCAAUGAGUGGCUCUCGGGCCAGAAGGCACCCCAGGGAAGGAGCACUGGACGAGAGUCUGCACACAGCUGCUGACAACAAGCUGCUGACACAGCAGCCCCCAGGGUGUGUUUCCAGAACCCUCAGCCUAGCAAGCUGGAGAAGAGCCUGUGCUGAGGGAGGCGGGAGACCGUGGAAGCUGGAGUGGGGCCAUCGGGAUGGAGCCCUUGGCCCCCAGGAGAGCUGGCUCCAAGCAGGAGGAGGGCUUCGGGGGGCAGCCCAGGAGGGUUGCCGAACUGGUCAUGCUCCCCGAUCUCCGGCGAAGCAGCAGCGGUGUCAGCAAGAAUAAGAAGUCCCAGUACCUCCUCAGCAACUGUGAAGAGCAAGACAAUUCGAGUUCCUGGAUUCUUGAAAACAUCAAGAAGAAAGAGUGCGUUUACUUUGUGAAGAGCUCCACGCUGUCUGAUGCUGGGAAGGUGGUGUGCGAGUGCGGCUACCCAUGUGAGCAGCACUUGGCAGAGGCCAUGAACCCCUACGCCUUCCAGGGCGAGGAGUGGGACCCAAAGAAGCAUGUCAAGGAGAUGCCCACAGACGCCUUUGGUGACAUUGCCUUCCGGGACGUGGGCCAGAAGGUUGGAAAGUACGUCCGCCUCUCCCAGGACACGCCCUCCCACAUCAUCUAUCACCUCAUCACCCAGCACUGGGACCUGGACAUCCCCAACCUCCUCAUCUCGGUCACUGGCGGGGCCAAGGACUUCAACAUGAAGCCCAGGCUGAAGAGCAUCUUCCGCAGGGGCCUGGUCAAGGUGGCCCACACCACAGGGGCCUGGAUUAUCACCGGGGGGACCCACACCGGCGUGAUGAAGCAGGUGGGCGAGGCGGUGCGCGACUUCAGCCUGAGCAGCAGCUGCAAUGAAGGAGAACUUGUCACCAUUGGAAUUGCCACGUGGGGCGCCGUGCACAACCGGAGGAGCCUGAUCCAUCCCACGGGCGGCUUCUGUGCCGAGUACGUCGUGGAUGAGGAAGGCCAAGGGCACCUGACCUGCCUGGACAGCAACCACUCCCACUUCAUCCUUGUGGAUGACGGCACCCACGGCUGCUACGGGGUGGAGAUUGCCCUGAGGACAAAGCUGGAGAAGUUCAUAUCGGAGCAGACCAAGGAGAGAGGAGGUGUGGCCAUCAAGAUCCCCAUCGUCUGUGUGGUGCUGGAGGGGGGACCCGGCACACUGCAAACCAUCUACAACGCCAUCACCAACGGCACCCCCUGCGUGAUCGUGGAGGGCUCGGGCCGCGUGGCCGACGUCAUUGCCCAGGUGGCCAGCCUGCCCAUCUCCGAGAUCACCAUCUCCCUGAUUCAGCAGAAGCUGAGUAUGUUCUUCCAGGAGAUGUUUGAGACCUUCACCGAAAGCAGGAUUGUGGAGUGGACCAAAAAGAUCCAAGACAUUGUCCGGAAGCGGCAGCUGCUGACCAUCUUCCGGGAAGGCAAGGAUGGCCAGCAGGAUGUGGAUGUGGCUAUCCUGCAGGCCUUGCUGAAAGCCUCUAGGAGCCAUGACCACUUUGGCCACGAGAACUGGGACCACCAGCUGAAGUUAGCAGUGGCGUGGAAUCGUGUGGACAUUGCCCGGAGCGAGAUCUUCACUGACGAGUGGCAGUGGAAGCCUUCAGAGCUGCAUACCAUAAUGACGGCCGCCCUCAUCUCCAACAAGCCUGAGUUCGUGAAGCUGUUCCUGGAGAACGGGUUGCAGCUGAAGGAGUUUGUCACUUGGGACACCCUGAGCUCCCUGUACCGGAACCUGGACCCCUCCUGCCUGUUCCAGUACAAGCUGCAGAAGGUGCUGGCCGAGGAUCCCGAGCACCCGACCGCCGUGCCCGCCGACCCCCGAGUGCAUAUGCACUUUGUGGCCCAGGUGUUGCGGGAGCUCCUGGGGGACUUCACGCAGCCGCUGUACCCCCGGUUCCGGCCUUACGACCAGGUGCGGCUCACGCUUCGCGUGCCGCAUGGCAAGCCCAACGUGCGUGCUGUGAGUCCCCAAUCUCUCUAUAAGGAUUCAUCAGGUGAUGCUGCCUUCAAAAGGGACCCAGCCCGUGAUCUUCUCAUUUGGGCCAUCGUCCAGAACCGCCGGAAGCUGGCAGAAAUCAUCUGGGAUCAGAGUCAGGAGUGCAUUGCUGCGGCCUUGGCCUGCACCAAGAUCCUGAAGGAGCUGUCCAAGGAGGAGGAGGACACGGACAGCUUGGAGGAGAUGCUGGCGCUUGCUGACGAGUAUGAACACAGAGCCAUCGGAGUCUUCACCGAGUGCUACCGCAAGGAUGAAGAGAGAGCACAGAAACUGCUCGUCCGAGUGUCCCAGGCCUGGGGCACGACCACCUGCCUGCAGCUGGCCCUGGAGGCCAAGGACAUGAAGUUCAUGUCCCACGGGGGUGUCCAGGCCUUCCUGACCAAGGUGUGGUGGGGCCAGCUCUGCGUGGACAAUGGGCUCUGGCGGGUGAUCCUGUGCAUGCUGGCCUUCCCGCUGCUCUGCACCCACCUCAUCUCCUUCAGGGAGAAGAGGCUGCAGGCCGUGAGGGGCCUGCUCCGCGUCCGCGCCUUCUUCAGCGCGCCCGUGGUCAUCUUCCACGUGAACAUCCUGUCCUACUUCCUCUUCCUCUGCCUCUUCUCCUACGUGCUCAUGGUGGACUUCCAGCCCACGCCCUCACACUGCGAGUACGUCAUCUACUUCUGGCUCUUCUCCCUCACCUGCGAGGAGUUGCGGCAGCUCUUCUACGACCCUGACGGGUGCGGGCUGAGGAAGAGGGCCUUCUUGUACUUCAGUGACUUCUGGAAUAAACUGGACAUCAUUGCCAUCUUGCUCUUCAUAGUAGGACUGACCUGCAGGCUCAUACCAGCGUUGCUGUACACCGGGCGCGUCCUCCUCUCUCUGGAUUUCAUCAUGUUCUGCCUCCGUCUGAUGCACAUUUUCACUGUCAGUAAGACGCUGGGGCCCAAGAUAAUCAUCGUGAAGCGGAUGAUGAAGGACGUCUUCUUUUUCAUCUUCCUGCUGGCGGUGUGGGUCGUGUCUUUCGGGGUGGCCAAGCAGGCCAUCCUCAUCCACAACGAGAGCCGGGUAGACUGGAUCUUCCGGGGGGUCAUCUACCAGUCAUACCUCACCAUCUUCGGGCAGAUGCCGGCCUACAUCGACGGCGUGAACUUCAGCCUGGACGACUGCAGCCCCAAUGGCACAGAGCCCUACAAGCCCAAGUGCCCGGAAAGCGACACCAACCUGCAGGCGCCUGCCUUCCCCGAGUGGCUGACAGUCAUCCUGCUCUGCCUCUACCUGCUCUUCACCAACAUCCUGCUGCUCAACCUCCUCAUCGCCAUGUUCAACUACACGUUCCAGCAGGUCCAGGAGCACACGGACCAGAUCUGGAAGUUCCAGCGCCACGACCUGAUAGAGGAGUACCACAACAGGCCCCCGGCGCCGCCCCCCUUCAUCGUCCUCAGCCACCUGCAUCUCGUCGUCAAGAGGGUCAUCCUGAAGAUACCUGCCAAGCGACACCAGCAGCUCAAGAACAAGCUGGAGGAGAGCGAGGAGGCGGCCCUCCUGUUCUGGGAGACCUACCUGAAGGAGAACUACCUGCAGAACCAGCAGUACCAGCAGCAGCAGAGGCCGGAGCAGAAGAUCCAAGACAUUAGCAAUAAGGUGGAUGCCAUGGUGGACCUGCUGGAAAUGGAGCACGUGAAGCGGUCGGGCUCCGUGGAGCAGAGACUGGCCUCCCUGGAGGAGCAGGUGACCCAGACGGCCAGAGCACUGCACUGGAUCGUGAAGACCCUGAAGGACGGUGGCUUUGGCUUGGAGGCAGACGUCCCCACUCUGGCAUCCCAGAAGGCCUCGGAGGGGCAGGAUCCUGAGCUGCACAGCAGGCAGGAGGAGGAGGACCCGGGUGACGCCCACCACGUGAAUGCCCGGCACCUCCUCUACCCCAGCUCCCUCAUCACGCGCUUCCCCGUGCCCAAUGAGAAGGUGCCCUGGGAGACGGAGUUUCUCAUCUACAACCCGCCCUUUUACACGGCUGAGAGGAAGGACAAGGGCGUGGUGGACCCUGUGGGGAGUGCCCUGGCGCCCCUGUCCGGGAUCCGCUACAAUGCCGUGGAUGGCCCCGUGGACCGCCGCAGCUCGCACGGCCCCUACGCUGUUCGGGACGGGCUCCCUCUGAACCCCAUGGGCCGCACAGGGCUGCGCGGGCGCGGGGCCCUCAGGUACUUUGGACCCAACCACUCGCUGCAGCCCGUGGUCACCCGCUGGAGGCGGAACCAGGACGGAGCCAUCUGCAGGAAAAGCAUAAAGAAAAUGCUGGAAGUGCUGGUCAUGAAGCUCCCCAUCUCAGAACACUGGGCCCUGCCUGGGGGGUCCCAGGAACCAGGAGAGAUGCUGCCCCGGAAGCUGAAGCAGGUCCUCCAGAAAGAGUUCUGGUCUUCCUUCCAGAGCUUGCUGACUCAGGGCGUGGAGGUGUACAAGGGGUAUGUGGACGACCCUCGGAACACGGACAACGCCUGGAUCGAGACGGUGGCUGUCAGUGUCCACUUCGCAGACCAGAACGACGUGGAGCUGACGAGGCUGGACUCGCACCUGAAGCACCGCGACCCGAAGAUAUCCGUCCGCUGGCAGGUCGUGGACAAGCGCAUCCCGCUGUAUGCCAACCACAAGACCAUCCUCCAGAAGGUGGCCACUCUGUUCGGGGCUUACUACUGACC